UUAGCCUGUCCCGCUGCCGCAGGUCCUCAUUCCCAGCCAUGGCGUCUGCGUCGCGGUGUUUGCUUUCGGGCGCGUUGCGCGGACUUUUGCUUUGCAUGCUGAUGUUGCUGCCCGUGUUUACGGCCGACCAUAGGAUGCUGGUUGGAGGAUGGCGCGAUCGCUCUGUCUCCGAUCCGGACGUGCAGGAUGCGGCUGCCGUCGCCGUCAAUCACUACAACGAAGUCAACAAUAAUGUCUUCUACUGCCGGGCGCUGGCGAUUUUAAAGGCGCAAAGUCAAGUGGUAGAAGGAAUAAAGUACUAUCUGAAGAUGUUGCUGGUGACCACAGAGUGUGACAAACGAAGCAAACAAGGAUCGGGGCACCUGGACCUGGGAGAAUGUAGGGUGCCCCCAAGGAGAGAACAGCAGAGACAAAUAUGCAAAUUCUAUGUCUGGAGCCGUCCUUGGCUGAACGACACACACGUGACGAACAUGAGCUGUGGACGGGCUACUUCCUGAAUCUCAUGACUGGAACCCAUCGAGAAGGGCAUUACCCAACUUGCCUGCGGCUGCUACGAAACCCAUUCAAAUCAAUCAGAUUCUUCUUAAUUAGGCCAAGCGGCCUGCUCUCCUUAACUGCCUCCAGGAUUCGCCAUGCACAGUUGACAAAACAGGAGUCUGGAGUCUCGCCUGUGAAUGGAUUACUUGGAAACUCAACCAGAUUGACUGUGGCAUCUUAGUCUUGUCUGUCAAGACAGUGGUGCUGAAACUGCUUAUUUCCUCCCCACCUUUCCUCUUGUAUAUCUGCUGAAUUGGGAAUAAAAUAUACAAGGGUCUUUCUAUUUCUGUUGCUCACAACAAAAUAACCCAGUGCUUUUUGUAUACUG